GAAACAAAAAAGAAAAUGGCGACACACGUGUGAUAGGACAUAUUUUGCACAAUAAUGACGCUUGCAGCACAUUUAUAGUUAUUAUCUUGUUGACAAAAGCAAUGGCGAAGAAUUACAAUCCACAGCAGAUACCUCCACGGUGGCUGGAGUGUCCACGGAAAGGUCAACUGCUAGCAGGUAAAUUCCUCCCAUUUAAAACUCCUCUGGAUUCACGGUACCGAGAGCAAAUUCCUGAUGAAAACGUCUUUGACUUGGAUAUGCUGUUUCUAUCUCUGAAGGCUUACAAAACGAGAAUGGGAUUGCUUGUCGAUCUGACGAACACGACCAGAUUCUACAACAGCAGGGAGGUGGACAAUCAUGAUUGUAAAUAUGUUAAACUGCAAUGCAAAGGAAGAUCUGAGACACCCAGUGAAGAACAAACUCAAAUGUUUAUAGAUUUGUGCGAACGUUUUCUGCAACAAAAACCAUUAGAUGUUGUGGGAAUACACUGCACGCAUGGCUUCAACAGGACGGGUUUUCUGCUGGUCGCGUAUCUUGUCGAAAAACAGUCAUGGAGCCUGGAAGCUGCUGUGAGGGCUUUUGCACAGUGUCGGCCUCCAGGCAUCUACAAACAGGAUUACUUGAACGAGUUGUUUUCACGGUACGGGGACAAGGAAGACACGCCCGCUGCCCCGCCCCUUCCUGCCUGGUGCAUAGAAUCAGAUGACAGCGUGGAUGAUGAUGGGAACGCUGUGACCGAUGAACCCAGCAGAGACGGACCUUUCAAAAAGAGAAGAUCGGAAAUGAUAAAAAAGGAUGCCAAGUUCAUGGACGGGAUUACAAGUGUGUUUCAGCUGACCAUACAGCCGCGCUUGUCGCAGAUACAACAGAUGGUCCAGAGCAUGUGUGACUGGAAGGGCUCUGGUUUUCCUGGUGCUCAGCCUGUUUCCAUGGAUAUUGCCAACCUGGAUUUCAUCCGGAAGAAACCGUACAAAGUCAGCUGGAAAGCAGACGGCAUUCGUUACAUGAUGUUGAUAGACGGUUUAGACGAAGUGUACAUGAUUGAUCGCGACAACACCAUCUUCCACGUUCCACAUCUCCAGUUUCCAAAACGAAAAGAUUUGACCUCUCACUUACGACUGACGUUACUGGAUGGGGAAAUGAUCAUGGAUAAAGUGGAAGACAAAAACGUUCCUAGAUACCUGGUAUAUGAUAUCAUUAAAUUUGAGGGACAGGAAGUUGGUAAAACUGAUUUCGAAAGACGAUUGUUGUGCAUUGAAAAGGAGAUCAUUGGGCCGAGGUAUUUGAAAAUGCAAAAUGGACUGCUGGAUCGUACAAAGGAGCCUUUCAGUGUGCGGGCCAAGCCCUUCUGGGACGUCACUGUGUCUAGGAAGCUUUUGGAUGGCAACUUUGCAAAAGAAGUCAGUCACGAAGUGGAUGGACUGAUUUUUCAACCUGUUCCCGAUGCAUACAUGCCGGGCCGGUGUAAAAACAUGUUGAAGUGGAAGCCAGUUAGCAUGAACUCCGUGGACUUUAAGCUGAAGAUCACGAGAGAAAACAGACCCGGUAUGUUACCUGAAACAAAAGGCUACCUCUACGUGGGUCAGAUGGAAACGCCGUUUGCCGUGAUGAAGGUAACCAAGGAGUUGAAAGAGUUAAAUAAUAAGAUUAUUGAGUGCAGCUUCGAUGGGAAGGAGUGGAAAUUCAUGCGACAACGAACGGACAAAUCUUUCCCCAACAGCUACGACACUGCCAUGGGUGUCUGUGGAAGUAUUAGCAAGCCGGUGACCAAAGACAUUUUGUUUAAUACCAUUGAACACGAACGGUGGAUGCCCACCACCCAGAAAGCUCCAUCAAACCACAGACCUUCUAGUGGUGACCAAAACCUUAUGCCCCCACCGGCCAAAGUGCCACGACACUGACACACACACACACACGUACUGUUGUUACCAAAAUACGUUUACAAGGUCCGCACAAGUUGAGUUUAUCAUGUAUCGUGUGUCGUGUGUCACACAUUUUAUUGACCAAAGAGGUGAUAGCCGUUUCCUGUCUUCACGACACAAGCGAAAUGGAGCUGAAAGAUCAUUCUCUGGAUAUGGUGCUAGGCGAGAAAAUUCACGUGGAGUUUUUCAAAUAAGAUUUAUUACAAAUUUUAUUGCAAGACGAUCACAGUUUGCAGCUCUCCUAAAAAUGUUUUCAGGUGAGUGAGGAUGAGGAGAGCGGGAGCGAGGACUUGCCUUGUCUUAGCGAGGACUUGCCUUGUCUUAGCGAGGACUUGCCUUGUCUUAGCGAGGACUUGGUUGACACCACAUUCUUACAUUUGUUCUCCAAAACCGAUAUUACAUGACACCAAUACAUGUACAGUGAAACCUGCUCCAGUGGCCACCUGUGUUAAGCAGCCACUUGUUUUAAGUCGCCACCUGUGUUAAAAGACCACAUUUUCAUCUCACAAUAUCAUCUAAUAUAGUAUAAACUGACCUGUAUUAAACAGUCACCUGUAUUAAACAGUCACCUGUGUUAAGAGGCCACCAUUUUAUUUCACAAAAUCAUCUAAUCUAGUGUAAACUAACCUGUAUUAAGCAAGUACUUAAAACCCACUUUUUAGUCUCCUACUGGUACAAACGGAGGGGCCUAUACAUGUGUGUUUCAUCUCCAUCCAUCCAUCUGUCUGUCUAUCUGUCCCACACAUAGUUUUCUAGACUUUUUCUUUUCACAAUGCCUCAUUUGUGUAUGUUUAUGUCUUGUCAUGUUGAGGUACAGAUCAAGUCUGACUUUCAUGGAAAUUUAUGACAGAGUUAUGGCCCUUGAACUUAAGAGGUAGUUGCAUAUGGGUCCCAGUAGGAGACAUGUAUUGUGUAAAUCGACACCUGCACCUAUGACAGGCGUGCGCUUCAACACCUUGAUCUGAAUUUGCACAUUAAUCCCUAUGACCUGACCUGACCUGACCUGACCUGACCUGACCUGACAUGUAUUGCUUCAGUUCUCUCAGAAUGCUUAUUAAUACUCCCUUUGGUGGCUGUUUAAAACAGGUUUGACUAUAUUAUUUUGUGAAAUUUGUGUGGAAAGUGUGUCCUGACAUUAAUAAUUUUGUGGCACCCACAAAGAACUCUCGGACUAAUGAGCACAAAUUAUUCUACUAUCGGUUAGCAGUGUCACAUGAUACGAAUACUAUUUAUCGUGGACUGCAAGAGUUAAGAGAAAAAAGAAACAAGUCGUAGAAAAGAGAAGGAGGUAAUCAUUUCACUGAAAAAGGAGGAGGUAGUCAUUUGAUUGAGAAAGGAAAAGGAGGUAGUCAUAUGACUGAAAAAGGAAAAAGGGCAUGUGACUGAAAAAGAAGAAAGAAGUACUAGUCAAGUUAUGGAGAAAGGAGGUAGUCAUGUGACUGAGAAAGGAGAAGGAAGUAGUAGUCAUGUGACUGAAAAAGGAGAAGGAAGUAGUAGACAUGUGACUGAGAAAGGAGAAGGAAGUAGUAAUGUGACUGAAAAAGGAGUAGUAGUCAUGUGACUGAAAAAGGAGAAGUACUAGUCAUGUGACUGAGAAAGGAGAAGGAAGUAGUAGUCAUGUGGCUGAGAAAGGAGGAGGAAGUAGUAGUCAUGUGACUGAGAAAGGAGCAGGAAGUAGUAGUCAUGUGACUGAGAAAGGAGCAGGAAGUAGUAGUCAUGUGAUGGAGAAAGGAUCAAGAUGGAGACAUGACUGAAAGCUGGUACGUCAAGAUGCUGGGAACUUUUAGCGAUGUUAUUGGCUGUUGAAAUCUUUCAACCAGUUUAGAGGGAAAAAAAAGCUCUUAGUAACAGGUCGUCCAUACUCUUAUGUGACGGCAAGUGACACUAACGUUCACAAACUAUUUGACUGGUUCCUGGUGUAGUCAUUUGAUUUAACAUAAGGUACGUGAACCAGUCUGGUGAAUGUUUUUCUGCUCUUGACUGAACUGAGACCAGGUUUAGUUUGAUGAGACUUGAGAGGAAGAGAUCAAACCUUACUUCAUUCUUGGUAGGAUGUGGUGUAAAAAUAACCCCACAAAUGUAGAUGUCUGGUGUUACCACAAAGAAUGCAGUCUGGUAAUAUAGCAAAAUAUCAAUGCAUUCUUGUUAAUGUUGUGGUGGGUAAAAAAAAAAAACCAACCCACAGCAUGCAGGUGUGAAAUGGGAAGUGCCAAUAUUCCGAAGGUCCCCCCAUAUUUCAAAACUUUGCCAGUAAUUUGCGUAAUUUUGUCAGUUGUUUACUUGAUAAAUUUUACGUCAUUUCCAUGGCA